AUGUCGCUGACAUUGCUCUCCAGAAGAGCCGUUGCUCGCUCGCUGUCGUCUGUUCAGACCCGCUCGCUCAGCACCCCCGUCAACGACGCCUUCGCACCGAUCUCGGCCACUCCCCCUCCACCGCCAGAGCCCACCAAUGCGUUAUGGACGGCUGUCAACGCUCGGGAGCCCAGAUACGACUGGUCCAAGAAUGAGAUCCGUGAGAUAUACAAUACGCCGCUCAUGGAGUUGGCUUUCCAGGCUGUAUGCAUUGGCGACUCCCCUUCAGUACAGCUGCUCCGGGUAUAAGAGAUGCUGAUAAGUGUCGUGUGCAUAGGGCACACUACACCGACGCUUCCACUCGCCCUCAGCAGUGCAGAUGUGCACCCUGAUGAACAUCAAAACCGGAGGCUGUAGCGAAGACUGCUCCUACUGUGCGCAAUCUUCCCGUUAUAGCACCGGACUGAAAGCAACGAAGAUGUCUCCAGUAGAGAAAGUACUGGACGCAGCCCGGAUAGCAAAGGACAAUGGAAGUACUCGCUUCUGCAUGGGCGCCGCUUGGAGAGACAUGCGAGGUCGCAAGACUAGCUUGAAGAACGUCAAGGCCAUGGUGAAGGGCAUUCGGGACAUGGAUAUGGAGGUCUGUGUCACACUUGGCAUGAUCGACCAGGACCAGGCCGAUGAGCUCAAGGAGGCUGGACUUACGGCAUACAAUCACAAUGUGGACACCUCGCGGGAACAUUACCCGUCUGUCAUCACAACCCGCACGUACGACGAGCGUCUGCAGACGCUGUCCCACGUCCGGCAAGCCGGGAUCAACGUCUGCUCAGGCGGCAUUCUCGGACUGGGAGAGAAGCCAGAGGACCACGUCGGUUUGAUCUACACUGUCUCCACGCUGCCUCAACAUCCCGAGUCGUUCCCGGUCAAUGCCCUCGUCCCCAUCAAAGGCACCCCGCUCGGCGACAGCCCUGACCGAAAGCGAAUCGAAUUCGAUGCCAUUCUUCGCACCAUCGCCACAGCCCGCCUGGUCAUGCCCGCUACCAUCAUCCGUAUUGCAGCCGGCCGAACAACCAUGAGCGAGGCUGAGCAGAUUCUCUGCUUCUCCGCAGGGGCCAACGCUGUCUUCACUGGAGAGAAGAUGUUGACCACAGAGUGCAAUGGGUGGGACGAGGAUAAAGCUAUGUUUGAGCGGUACGGACUCGUACCAAUGAAGAGCUUUGAAAGAGGUGGUUUUCGGGAGACGAGCUGGGCUUCACUGAAGGGUGAUCUAGCAGCCGUAUCGGAACAGUCAGCGGAGGUGACCGCCACUAUUUGA